AUGGCGGAAGAGGCACAUCCACCCCCCAGAAAGGUACGGUCCGCCUGUCGAAGAUGCCGUCAGAAGCGCAUUAAAUGCGACGGCAGCAUCCCUGCCUGUGGGAACUGCGCCCGGGUAAAAGUUCCAUGCGUUGAUGUUCACGGCGGAAACAACCAUUUGUCCAUACCACGAGACUUUGCUAUAAAAUGCGGAGCGCGGAUUCGAUGGCUGGAGCACACUCUUCGCUCACUGCAGCCCGACUUUGACCUGUCGCAAGGACCACAAGUUAACCUGGAAUCCAUUGAACCAACAUCCUCCUCUCAAGAAUUGUCCACAACGGCUGAAUCGACAUCACGCGAAGAUGAAUUGGCCAAUAAGCGGUCUCAUUCCGCAAUGGAAGAGUCUGAUGUUGGCUCGCCUCUUUCGGUUAAGGCCCGCUCGGUUGCGAUCGAUUUGGCUACUGUCUUGACUUUGUCUUCUUUGGUCGGUCUAAUCUGUCAGCAGGAAAUCCCCUCGCCUGAAGAAGCCAGCAUUCUGCUGGGCGUAUAUUUCCAGCACAUUCAUACCGAUCAGCCAUUUUUACACCCAGCUUCUUUAGUCAACGCCUACAAAGCUUUAUACACUUGCUCUGAACAUGGUUAUGAUGAGACUGCCAAUCUGAAUGGAUGGAUCAAUUCUGUUUCUCCAUUUUCAUACAACGGCAAGAUCGAUGUCGCUUUUGGGGAGCCCAUUUCGCCUAUCUCCAUCUCAACAGCCGUCUUUCAUGUCUUUAUGGCAUUUUCGCUUGCAGCCACAGUGUUGACCCGAAAGAAAAACUACGACCAUUCGCCUUCCAAAUUCUAUCGCAUGGCAAUGUCCACGUCGUCGGAAUCUUUUUCUCACAUCUCUGUACACUCACUUCAAGCUCUGCUUCUGCUUGUGGUGCAAAGUUUGAUUGAGCCUGCCGGUGUUGAUGUGUGGACAUUGUCCCAUGUAGCAAUGGCACACUGUAUCGAUAUGGGCCUUCAACGAGAGCCAGGCGGACCUUCUGCAGAGAGCCCUGCGGUCGAAGCCACAAUUCGGAGAUUCAUAUUCUAUACAGUCUACUCUCUUGACAGAUCCAUAGCAACGAUUCAGGGCCGUCCCUUGGGAAUACGUGACGAAACCUUUGACAUUCGGCCACCGGACGAGUCACACUUGCUUGACAUGAUCACCAUACCGAACAAUGAGCUCUCAAUUCGCCUAGCUCCCCCUCAGCACCUCAUUCUCUCAAUUUGCCGAUUCAAGCUGGACCGACAUGUCUCGGAAAUCAAAUUGCUUUUAUAUCACCUCCCCAAUCUCCCGACGGAGACUCGGACUUUCGUUUGGCCAACAAACAUUCCGGAAAUUCAAUACCAAAUAAAGUCAGAUCUUGACAGUUGGUUGGCCGAUGUUUCGAAUAUUUCUGCUUCCUGCGACAUGGAAGAAGAAGAGAAGCUGAUGCUUCAUUGUGAAAAAUUGCGCCUGGAGCAGCUUUACCACAAUACAGUGGCUCUUCUCUUUCAGCCCUCUCAAAUGUUUCCUUCGCCAAACCAGGACGCCUUAUUACUGUGCUAUCAUAGCUGCAGCCGACGUUUGCAGGUGUACGAUACGCUCAGUAACCAAGAGUUGCUGCUGUACAACUGGCGUAAUAUUCAUGGGAUAUUCUCAUCGGGUGCCACGAUUGUGUAUUGCAUCUGGGCGUCCCGUCAACUUCAGAACACGAUUCCCUUUGAGAAAAUUCUCCGCGACCUCCGAACCUGUUCAAAUCACCUCAGUAUUGGCAGUCAAUGGUGGCCAUCUGUACGAGCAGGAAAAGAAAGCUUUGAAAAGAUGAUAGACUUGAUGAUAAAGUUCCUGAGUCACACACAAGAGUCAGCUCCACCACCAAGUCUACCUCCAGCCACGCGGAGAAGAAGAAACGGACACUCCAAUAUAGGUCAGGAUCGUACCCCUGAUCCCGAGGCACUUCGAAUUGAACCAGGGACAGAGCAUCCUAUUCAGCCCUUGGAUGGGUCGCAGACCGCCUUUGAUGAUAUGGAAUUCUCCCCAGCGGCAUUUGACUCAAUCAAUGCCUUUGACUCAGAUGUGCCUUCGAUUGAAGCUGCAAUAGAGACGUUCAUGGCAGACUAUCUACACGAUGACUGGGGCUGGGAUCCUUUUUCGGGGUCGAUUGGUAUAUCAGAUAACUAUCGGCCUCCUCUUUGA